GGGAACUCUAACGACGUCGUUAUGGCGGUUAGUGGAAGGACCAAGCCGACAGACUGGCAGAGGGCGGGGGCCAGAGAAAAGGAGUUUGGCAGCCACAGUACAACUAUUGUGAGGAUCGUAGUUCCUCCAACAGACCUUAGGGCAAAGUGCAAGGUUUGCUACCAUCGUACAUAAUCAUGCUGCAAAAUCCCCACCAAACUUCCCAAUCCUACGAUCAAUAAUCUGCCUCUCCGAAUAACGGUCAACACUGUUUCUCCGUCUUCUGGGGCCAAGAGCUCCGAUUGCAACCUUCUUCCAUUUCAAGUCUUAGAAUUGACGUGCGAAGUCUUAACGGAGAGAUUCCAAACUCAUCGAAAUAUGUCGGCCAUGUCCUUUUCUUCUACCAUGGCAACUUGCUCAGAAUCUUCAAUCUUAAGACCGAGACAUAUUUGCUCCGAUGGUCUCAGAAUCACCGUUCGUAGCUGUCCGGCUGCUGCAAGCUACUUUCGUGGUCGUGUCAGGCUAAGUGGUGCAGACACGAACAUGUGCCGAAGAUUCCGUGGUUUAAAAUCAUGGAUACUUGAGAGGUUGAAUUUCCAUCUACAGAGUGAAAAAUGUCCACCAGCUAGGGAGUCUAAGAGAUCGAGAAGUCAAAAUAGAAGUCAGUUGACCUGCACCCUGGAAACAGGAUUUUCAAAUGAAGAAAGACCAACUCCAGCUUCGUCCUCAAACCUCGAUGUUUCUGAUGCAUCCAUGCACAUUGAAGUCUUUCAACAAACCUUCAGCAUAAUGUUCUCUCCGAUACGGUCACCUCCAUUGAAUCUCCGCCUCGGCUACAUACAAGUUCCCCCAGUACUGCCACUGAUGUUAGUAGGACACCCUCACUUUGCAUUGCUGUUAUAG